AUGAAUGACGAACACACUUAUGAAUGGGAAACCAUCACAGCAGAGCUAAACAUCAUAAAACCAGUGAAUGAGAUUGAGAUACAGGACGUGCUAGGCAAGAGUCUCGACAAACUGGAAAAAUGGGAAGCAUUCUACGAAAUGUAUGCGAAACGGAUGGGUUUCGGCACAAGGAAAGACGAUGUACGACGUUCUCAUGGGGUCAUUGUAAUGCGGAGGUGGGUUUGUUGUUCAGAGGGUUCGAAAAAAAUCGCAUCACCGGACACACCAAGAAAAAAAAGACCUCAUGAUGUCACUAGAACCGGAUGUCAGGCAGCAUUGCGUAUUUUACUCACACAACCGUCUAACACUUGGAAAUGCAAAGAGUUCAGCACAAUGCACAAUCACGAGCUGGCUUCAUCAAGUGAGGUACAAUUUUUGAGAUCAUAUAGAGUUGUCUCCGAUGGGUUGCUUGCCCAAGUUAUGUCGAUGAACUCCGUAGGAAUUAAAACUGCCAACAUAAUGUCUCAUGUUGCUUUGCAAAGUAGAGGUUACGAGAAAAUGCCAUGUCAACUUCGAGAUGUGUACAAUAGGGUUGCUGGUGCGAAGCGAGAAGAGAAGAUAGAGACGGACUCAGAAGGGGCUCUGGGAUUUCUUGAUUGUCUCGCAGAGAAGGAUCCUAAUUUCUUCGUUGUCUAUCAGGUUGACGACGAGAAUCGCUUGGCUAACUUAUUCUGGGCAGAUGGAAACUCACGCGUGGACUAUGUAGCUUUUGGGGAUGUACUAGGAUUUGACACAACCUACAUGACGAAUGAGUACAAUAAGCCCCUCACUGUUCUCAUUGGCGUCAACCACCAUUUCAACACAUGCAUCUUCGGAUUUGCUCUCCUCCUCCACGAGAAGCUUCCAUCAUAUUCUUGGCUACUUCAAAAAUUUCUAGAAUGUCAUGGAGAUAAGAAGCCAAGUGUUGUAGUUACUGACCAAGAUGCGGCCAUGCAACAGGCUAUCGUUGAACACAUGCCUGAUGUUACGCACCGUCUCUGCGCUUGGCAUCUCAAUACAAAUGCUUCGAAAAAGGUUAAAGAUCCGAUCUUCUUAAAAACAUUUAAGGAUCUCAUGUACAACUACUACGAGGAGGAAGAAUUUGAAGCAAGAUGGUUAGACGUCAUCCAAACCCAACAACUAACAGAUAAUGAAUGGUGUCAAACAACAUUCGAGUCAAGACAACAAUGGGCAGAAACGUAUUUAAGGGGUUCAUUCGUUGCAGGAAUGAGAACCACACAACGUUGCGAAUCCAUCAACUCCGCUCUAAAAAAAUUUUUAGAGAAGAAUUAUUGCUUGCGUGAAUUUGUAACAACCAUAGAUAUGACAGUCUCAAAGCUCAGACACAACGAGACUGCAAAUGACUUCAAAAGUAGAUGCACUCGACCUCACCCACCUAAUCCUACAUGCUUGACCACUUACUACAACCAAUGUGCCGAAUUCUACACAAGAACUAUGUACCACAAGGUUGCCGAGAAAGCCUUGAUUUAG